AUGAUUGGAAGGCUGACUCUGUGGGAACCCGGAGGUCCCUGCAAAAAGGCACCGGUACACCCGCUAGGUCUUCGGUCCGACAACGAGUUGUAUUGGACGACGGGUGCAGGUCGUGGAGAGAAGAAUGAUGUGGUGGUGGUCGCUGGUCAAACACGUGAGGCGGCGGGUGCGUCGAGCGCGCCUGCGCGCUCGGACGCGAACCAUCUUCUCGACCUCCAUCCAACCAUGUCCACGCCAUACAGACAAGACAUGCCGCCUCCGGGCGGCUUCGGCCAGGUCCAGUACAAGCGCAACCUGUCUUUGCGCGGACCAUCUGGAAUUGUCAUACUGGGAGGCAUGCUAGCUUUGACUAUCUACGGCUUCCACCGAGUAGCACUCGGUCGUGCUGAGAGACAGGAACUCGAGCGCGAAAAGGCAUGGUCGCGGAUUCACCUCGUUCCGCUGUUGCUCGCCGAAGGAGAUCGAGAUGCGUUCCGGAGGACACAAGCAGCUUUGGCGCGCGAGAAAUUGAUCAUGAAGGACGUUGAGGGCUGGGAGGCCGGGAAGAGCGUGUACAACAAUCCGAAGCACCGUAAUGGCGAGUGGAUUGUGCCCCUGUGA